GUUGUUAGUACUAUUUCAAAGCAUACGCUACUGGUCUAACAAUAGCAUUUAACAAGUGAUAUCUAGUAAUCUGGUUUGCAUUUUAAUUGCUUGUUGAACUUUGAAAUUUCUUCUUAACACAAACCUCCUGACACGAAACUUAUUGAUAUCGUAGAUGUGUUUGCAACAACCUAAUCAAUAUUGAUUAAGUCUGCGGCGAACAUUUUUUAAAAGCUAACCAUGUCCAAAAUGCACUAUUUUUUAGGGACAGUAAAGGUUAGCGUAAAUGCAUUCAUAGGAAUAUCCACUUGUUCGUAUAAUUAAGUAAUGUCUUCUUUACCUCAAUGAACUUCACGACUUUCAACUUCUAUGAUAUAUCAAGACCACUAUUUUCGGUCCAGUUGAGUUACUUUCCGCCAAAGCAUUUAAAGUAACAUCAUUAUAAUAACAUCUUACCCGUACUAGUUGCGCUUUCUCACUUUUUGAACAUAACAAUUCACUUUGAAACAUGUUUAAUCAAAAGAAUUUUAUGUCCGUUUUUAUCUCCGCUUUUCGGGAAAUUUUAAUGCGAAAAUGUUAGAAUGUUAAUGGCAUGGACCGAGAAAAGCAGUUACUAACGACCCAGUAGUUGAUAUCCAAUGGGAUGUGUUAUACAACACUAUAAGGACAGUACCUUUCGACUUUUGUUUAUUAGAUGUAUAUUUGCCAACGUAUCUUUCUCAGAGGCUACUAUGUUCAGCCAAUCAAAUACUAGCGGUCAAUCAUCAUACCAAGUAACUGAAAAUGUUCCUGCUGGUCAUCAUACCUGAAACUAAGUAUCAGCGCCAUAUGUUCGGUGCUCCGGAAAAUUGUGGAAUUCUUUACUUGGUUUAAAAUAACUAAAAAAUUAACUUGGUCGAAACACUGAGUUUAUCGUCAUAUUCUACUCUAUGGAGGAAGAAGGAGAACUAAACAAAGGACCAUUAGACAACUCUUUGGCGUCAUCCUGUCAAAAUGAUAUUACAGAAUCCCUUAUGACUCAGCCGAUCCCUAUCAAUAUUCGGAUUGCUCAAGAUAUACAGGAGUUUCUAUGCAAAGGUUCUAAGUCUUUUAAGUGUUCUCUGUGUACUCGAACAUUCAGGCGUCGUGACAAAAUCAAAAGACAUUUGAUUGAAUGUCAUUACGGGAUAAAAGACUAUGAAUGUUCGUUGUGUUUUAAAAAAUUUGCUCGUAAUGAACAUUACAACCGACAUAUGAAUGAUGUUCAUACUCUCACCAAAGGUUGUCAUUGCCGUUUGUGUAAUCGAAGAUUUAAACGAAAUUCAGAGUUUUGUCAUCAUAUAAAAACUGCUCAUCAUGAACAAUCUGGAUUGUUUGCAUCCGGUUCAGUUUUAUUAUUUAAUCAAUCCGAAGAUACAAUCAAUAAUAAUAAUGAUCAUUCAACUAGUAAUCAUCUUUCACAUAAUUAUGAACAGCAACAAUCAUUACAAAUUGAUCAAGUGGACUCGAACUCAAUCGAUGUUGCUGGACCAGGUUUGUAUGUUGAGGUAGAGUUUAAUGCAGAUAAAACCGAAGCUGGAAAAAAUCCUAAACCUUUUGAAUGUACAUUGUGCGGAAAAUCAUUUAGCCGACAGGAUAAGUUAAGACGACAUUAUCAGGAAGCUCAUGAUGGUAUUAGAGAAGAGCAUCAAUGUCCUGCAUGUGAAAAAAGGUUUUAUCGCAAAUAUCAUUUAAAUCGUCAUAUUGCUGAGGUUCAUCGAGCUGGGAAGCCAUUUUUAUGCCCAUACUGUCGUCGUGAAUUUGCAAGGGAAUGGUCCUAUCACCAACAUCUACAAAAAUAUCAUGAUGAUUGUAUGAAUUCUGCACCAGUAACUUGUAUAGAAAAUCUCGAGGGAUAAUACUAAAUUUAUUCCUUCCAUUCAGUAUUCUGUGUACAUAUUUCUGUUUUAACCUUAUAUAUGUGUUUCUAAUGGUCUAAAGACUCCUGUAAAGUAAAAUCGUAAUUAUUAUUAUGUCAUUUU